AUGAAAAAAGGAUCAAGAAAAAAAAGAUUACAAGAUUUAAGAAGACUACAAGAACAACAACGACACCAACGACUACAAGACCAACUAGAACAACGACACCAACAACUACAACAACUAUUCCAACUAAACCAACAAACAAUCAUUGAUGAAACACUAUUUAGAAGUGUAUGGAAUAAUACAAUACUUAGAAGAUUGAUAUGUUCAAAGAUUGGAGAAUGUAUACCGAUAUCCAAUGGCAAACGGAUACAACUAAAAGAUACCUUUUUCGCUGAGAUGGAACAGUACAACAAGGAACCAGAUCAAUUUCUAAAAUAUGGUGGUAAUCAAAGGUUCUAUGAAUGUGGUGUCAUCACUGCCGACCUCUUUAAAUACCACUAUCAACACACUCAUAGGAGCUGGUUGCAGGAGGACCAAGUGGAGACAAGACUCAGUGUCCUUGACCUUAUCUCUGGAAACCAUCGCAACAUGAUUGACACUUGGUUGUUUCGCAGUGCAUACAACUACUUGAAACGAACCGAUCCUCAAUCGAUUUUGGCCGACCAACACAUGACCACGUGGCACAAUGUCAUUUCAUCAAACAAUGUCGAAUUGUACAACUAUGUCAAGACGGUACUGCCAAUGCCCGGUCUCGAGGGUAUCAAACAAAUAGUCGCCAAUGCAACCAAACACACUCGUAUGCGUACAAUGGGAUCGUACCAUGCCAACACAUAUGGUUCCAUCUCGCCACCACCCGGUACCAAGUUAUUGAAAACUCUUUUAAAAGACCUCAGAUUAAUCGACCCUAAAGAGACACGGUGGUUGGAAUUAUGUGAUUAUGGAAUGUUGGCAGAAUCGGGAUGCACAGACAUUAUGGAGACCAUACACAAGUAUGCAGGUGACUAUUAUUGUCCCUCUGAAAAAGCUAUUAUGGUUCGAGCCAUUCAAAACAACCAAAUCGAGUCGAUUCGAUUCCUAUACAAAGUCAACAAGAUUCCAAUAGGACAAGUGAUGCUAGAGGCUGCUCGUACUUGUGACCUGUCAUUCCUCGUUGAAUUGCACAACAUCGAACCUGAAGCUGGUCGUCUAUACACCCUCUUCUUAAAAGUCAUGAGCCCGAGCUUUGCCAAGGGCCCUCUACGAUUCUCACCAUCCGAAUCAACACAAUGGCAAACCUUUCAACAAGAGUUUUACCAACUUGGCAAACAACUCAACUACAUUGACACCAAUCUUCAACACCAAAUAGACACCAAACAGCCAUUCAGAUACCAACCCAAAAAUAUUCAACAACACUUUAAAAUAUUUCAACAAUCAAAUGUAGAUGAUUCAUCUAUACCAACUUUAUCAUUCUCAUCAUUUGAUGAUUAG